CAGAUGAGUUCCAUGGAGCAAGGCGGCAAGACGGCGGCGCGCGGGUGGGCUGCGAGCGAUGCCUCCGGCCUCCUCUCCCCCUACAACUUCUCAAGAAGGGCUCAGGGCGACGGCGACGGCGACGUGACGAUCAAGGUGCUCUUCUGCGGCAUCUGCCACACGGACCUCCACGUCAUCAAGAACGAGUGGGGCAACGCCAUAUACCCCGUCGUCCCCGGGCACGAGGUCGUCGGCGUCGUCACGGCCGCCGGCCCCGGCGUCACCAAGUUGAAGGCCGGGGACACGGUGGGCGUGGGCUACUUCGUCGACUCCUGCCGCUCCUGCGGGAGCUGCGGCGCGGGACACGAGAAAUACUGCCCCCGGCUCGUGCUCGCCUCCAACGGCGUGGACCGCGACGGCGCGAUCACCAAGGGGGGCUUCUCCGACGUCCUCGUCGUCAACCAGGACUACGUCGUCCGGGUCCCCGAGAGCCUGCCUCCGGAUGGCGCCGCGCCGCUGCUCUGCGCCGGCGUCACGGUGUACAGCCCGAUGGUGCAGUACGCGCUCAACGAGCCAGGCAAGCACCUCGGCGUCGUCGGCCUCGGGGGCCUCGGCCACAUGGCCGUCAAGUUCGCCAAGGCGUUCGGGAUGACGGUCACGGUCAUCAGCUCGUCGCCGGGCAAGCGCGAGGAGGCGCUCUGCCGCCUCGGCGCCGACGCGUUCCUGGUCAGCCAUGACGCCGCCCAAAUGAAGGCGGCGGCGGGCUCCUUGGACGGCAUCAUCGACACGGUGUCAGCCGAGCACCAGAUCGUGCCGCUGCUGGAGCUGCUAAAGCCGAUGGGGCAGAUGGUGGUCGUCGGCGCGCCGAGCAAGCCGCUGGAGCUGCCGGCGCACGCCAUCAUCGCAGGCGGGAAGCGCGUCUCCGGGAACGGCGUGGGGAGCAUCGCGGACUGCCAGGCGAUGCUGGAUUUCGCCGGGGAGCACGGCAUCGCCGCGGACAUCGAGGUCGUGGGGAUGGACUACGUCAACACGGCGUUCGAGCGGCUCGAGAGGAACGACGUGAGGUACCGCUUCGUCGUCGACGUCGCCGGCAGCCACCUGGACGCCACUGCUUAGGCGCCAGGAGCCCAGGAUUCGUGUGGUUCGGGUCAUGU